AAGCCCACAUUCCGUGAAUGAAUAAAAAAUAAACUGCACCCAUGGGAGUGGCCUGGUUGACCCUGGGUUAAAAUACCUAUAGACCAUGUAGGUCCAUUUCUAGGUACCAUGUUUCUGGUGAUUAGCAACACACAUUCAAAGUGAAUAGACAUGCUUGAAGUGAGAUCACCUACAUCAUCUGCAACCAUUGAAAAACUGCGCCAGGGUUUCAGUGUUCGUGGAUGACUUUAAGUUAUUGUGUCAGAUAAUGGUGCAGCUUUCACUAGCACCGAAUUCCAAAGAUUCGUGAACCUAAGUGGGAUUAAACAUGUCAGAAUAUCACCGUAUCAUCCCUCAACCAAUGGGUUAGCAGAAAGAGCAGUACAAACCUUUAAAACAGGCAUGAAGGAACUAUCAGAGGGAAUGUUUUCAAGAUUCUUGUUCGGCUAUCGCACAAUUCCUCAUGCAACCACUGGUUUAACACCUUCAGAAUUGUUAAUGAAGUGCCAAUUUCAUACAAGAUUGAGUCUAGUAUUCCAAAUUUAGAGGGGAAGAUGGAGAGAAACCAGGGUCGUCAGAAAGUGAAUCGUUCACAGUAAAGGUUGAGAGUUUACUGUGGGAGAGUUUUUGUAUGAAAUUUUGCAACUGGACUGAGAUGGGCCCUGGUACAAUCAUCUCUGAAACAGGACCUUUAUCCUAUCAAGCCGAAAUGGAAAACAGGAUUGUGAGGAAACACAUGGAUCAUCUCAGAUACUAAGAAACCCUCCAACAACCAGUUAAUCCACCUAAAAUUGAAGUCGAAACUUUGACCCCUGAGGUGCCAGAUCGACAAAGAAUAAACAUACUGGAUGUCUCUGUUGAAGUAAAUAACUCUGAACUCCCAUUGUCUAAGAACAUCUCUGGUGCUGCAGUUCCUGUGCAAGUCAAUCCAUUGGAAGAACCUCCAGUUGCAGAGUUGCGUUGUUCUACCAGAAUCCGAAAAAGUCCUCAAAGACUAAAUUUAUAAUGGCACUGAAUGGCUUUGUACUUGCGGUAACACCAGAUGGGGUGAUUUUCUACUCUUCACAAACUAUUCAGAAUUACCUGGGCUUCCAUCAGCAUCCGCAGUUUUUUUGUUUUUAUCAGUCAAGAUGUGUUUGAGCUAAUCCAUGUGGAAGACCGUGAAGAGUUCAGAUGUCAGCUGCACUGGGAUUUCAGCCCACCUUUGGCAACAGCAAAAGGAGGAGAAAAAUCGAAAGGCUAUUCAGGUGAAGAGGAGGUUUUGUGCCCGCCAGAUCAACUGCCACCAGAAAACUCUGGAUUCCUGAACCGUAGCUUUCAAUGCCGCUUCCGCUGCCUGCUCGAUAACAAUUUGGGAUUCCUGUGAUGAAGACUGGGGACAGUGGACUGACCAUCUUCAGACUUCUCUGUAAAGAUAAUCGCUGGCAGUGGGUACAAGCCUGCGCAUGUGUUGUGUACAAGGAUGGACAGCCAGAUUACAUCGUAUCCAAUCUACGUCCUUUAAUGGAUUCAGAAGGUAUAGAGUGCUUUCAGAAAAAGGCAACCCAGUUCACAAGGUUCACAUUGCCUGAAGCUGCUUCACUCUAUGAAUGUUCCAGAGCUGUUCCUCCUCAAAUCCAGUCCCAAACUGUCAAAGCAGAAUGCAACAAGUUCCAAGGACAAUGUGCCUCAAAGGCUAUGCAGGAUGCAAUGAAAUGCCUUAGUGGAACUGAACAUGGACUCUCAGAAAUGCUUGCACCAGCACGCAUUGUGAAUGCUGUGGAAAGGAACAAAUCACCAGCUGGAUUCUGUGGAGAACCAUUAGCUGGAAGUAACACCAAAGCAGCUGGUGAAUCAGUUGGUUCUCGGACAAAUGGGAAAACUUACCCAGUCAACAGUUCACUCGAUGUUGCUCUGGAGGGCUUAGAGGAAAUGCUGCAAAGUUAUGGUUUGACGCCAGAAGACUUGGAACUGGGUCAUCAAGAUGAACUGAUAAAGCAUAUUGUGUUUGAUGAUUUGAACAGUGAGCUGAAUCCCAGUUCUAGUCCGAAUGACCUUUCGUCCGAAGUUGAAUCUUUAUCAGGAAACAUCAGCUCCUUUAUUGAGCAUAGCUUGUUGACUCCUGCCAGUGAUGAUUGGCACAGUGUUCAGUCUAGCUCACUGUGCUCUUCGAACAGCAGCAAUAGUGUGACAACCACAGAUGUAGUGUCCCCAAGCAGCCAACUAUAUUUACCUGAGCAGUCUUAAGAGAAUUACUGUCACUGGCUCUCAUCUCCAGGCCCCGACCUCUCCAACCUACAAAUCACACCUAGAGACUACAUACCUAAUAUGACUUGUUUUGUAUUGCAGGAAACAUUGAAGUUAAACAGUCUGCUUGAAAAAGAGAGCUGAUUAUAUUUCUAAAUAUCCACUCAGAAUUUGCCCCUAUCAAAGAGGAGACAGCGUUCAAGCUCAGCAAAAUAUUUUCAAUGGCCAAACUAAUUGGGUGAACCAGCCAGGUCUGACAAAUCCAACAUAGCCACUGUGUGACAGAGAUAUACAGGAACCUGACAUCAUCCUGACCAGGAUUCCUCCCCAAAGGGAUGAUGAGUUUCCCUGCUCCUGCUGGCAUCAAGGUUUGCAGUGCAGAGGUCUAUUUUGGCUAUACGUGCAAUGAAAUAACAUUCAAACUAGGUAAUUAUAUCUCCACCUUCUUCAGGUUUAAGGGCUCUUUGAUUUCCAGAUUUUUACUGGAUCUGGAGGCAGUGAUCACAAAUGAAAACUUGUAGUGAAUUUGUAAUGCAACAGGGGCCAAGUAAUGUAACAGUUUAUCUUAAGGCUGUGGACCCAAGUAUCCAAGGCUAGCAUGUUAACAAAGAACAGGUGUGCUAUAGAACAAGCCAUGGUCUGCCGAGUAUGAGGCAACCCUUCACCUGGGAAAUGUGAGGCAUAAUCUCAGCUAAGCAAUUUCUAAACUGCAAAAUGGCUUUUAAAUUUAAAAAAACAAGAUGCUAGGAUGCAACAUGCAAUCAAUUAAAAGUGGAUUGUUGAAGUUACAUGAGGAAGAAAUUCUCUACUUUUUUUAAUUGCUCCUUCUUCAUUUUGAACAGUUCAUUUUCUGGAUUCAAACAGCUGGCUAAUGAAAGUGAUUCCUUGUUGCAAAUUAACACUCUCGUAUAACAUACAAACAUACAAAAUA